CUGCCGUGGCGAAAGCGAAACGCAGCGAGAGGCGUAGAGUAGCACGCACGCCGCCGCCGCCGCCGUCGUCUUCGUCUUCUCCACUGCUAACCCAACAGAGGACGAAACCAAAUAGCGCAAAUUCCUAUCCGGCCUCCAACAAGCAACCCCGCGGAAGCUCUGCCCGUCGGCGUGUCUCCUUGGUUCCUCGCGCCCGAUUCUCCCCGAUCCGAAGCAAGCAAGCGCGAGUGCGUGCCCCGCCCGCGCCUUGCCGCAGAUCGGGGAGUCCCGAGAGCCCCAGGUAGCCUUUUCCUCUUCGGUUGUGGUUGUUGUUGCGGGUGACGGAGAGAUGGCCGGGGGAGGCAACAGGAAAGGGUCUGGCGCCGAGGAGCUGAGGAUCGGCAGCGGCAACGUGUUCGCGGCGCUCGAGACGCUCAAGAAGAAGAAGAAGAAGCCGGCGGCGGCCGAGAAGAAGCAGGCGCCGUUGGUGGAAAAGCCAGAGGUGUUCUGGGCGCCCGCGCCGCUCACGGCCAAGUCCUGGGCCGACGUUGAGGACGAUGACGAUGAUGACUACUUCGCCACCACCGCGCCGCUGUGCCCCGUCCGGGAGUCCCAGGGGGGCGACGCUGAUGCCGGCCAUGAGGACGACAUUGAACAGGAAAUUGAGAGUGAAGAUGAUAGCCUUGAUGAUGAGGUUGAUGCUUCUGCUGAGGAUGAACAUGAAGCAGGAGAUGCUGUCCUCUCUGAGCCGGCAGUUCAGAAAGCUGUAGCUCCACUAGUACCUCCUAAAGAUACAGAAAGACAGCUCUCCAAGAAGGAGCUAAAGAAAAAGGAGUUGGAAGAGCUUGAUGCUGUAUUGGCUGAGUUGGGAAUCUCACAUGAAUCAAGUAAUGCUACUCAAGAUGAAACAAAUGACAAGAAUGGUAUGUGUCAGGCUGCUGAUGGAGGGAAAAAGGAAGAUGCAUCCGCUCCUCUGGAGAGUAAGACCUCCAAGAAGAAGAAAGCUAAGAAAGACAAGUCCUCAAAGGAGGCAGAAGAAACACUGGAUCAGAACAAUGUGGUCGACGGUGCUGCUAGUGUGGAACCUGAUGAAGAUGUUGCUUCAGUGGAUGUCAAGGAGCGCAUAAAGAAGGUAGCAUCAAUGAAGAAAAAGAAGUCGAGCAAAGAGAUGGACGCAGCAGCAAAGAUUGCAGCAUCUGAGGCGGCCGCUAGGAGAGCAAAGCUUGAGGCAGCGAAGAAGAAAGACAAGAACCACUAUAAUCAGCAGCCCCUGCGGUGAAUUACUCCUCAGAUUAUGCAAUUCCUUAGAUACUGUGUGCCUCGACUAGGAGGAGGCCACCGUCUGGUGCGCAUCUUGGAAUUCUCUAUAGAUGGACUUGUGGUGUACUGAGCUCUGAAUUGUUCAUCACAUAAACCCUUUUGAAUACAUGGUAAAUGUGGAUAUUUAGUACUA